AGGAGGGGACACAGGAUGACAACUUGCAGAGUUGUACUCGCCGCCGUCUCGGUAACGACAGAGCCGCAGAUGCACCCGAGCAGCAAGAGGAGAAGAGUCGCGAAAGACCCCCAGUGUCGGAGGUGCUGAGCCACAUUCACACAUCACUUUAUUAACCAGCACAGAGGACUGGGUUCCAGCGGCGGCGGGAUUUAGACGGCGUCCAACGUCCCCCUCACCUGAAGUGUCCCUUACCUUUUCCCGGAGAAGGUCUGUGUCGGGAGAUUGGAGGAAGAGAAAUAAAAAAAAAAAGAAAAAAAGAAAAAAAAGAAACCACUUGAAGGACUUGAAGAGUUUUGCCCGAGGCGACACACGGCAGCCCGCAUACAUAAAGCUGGGCGAAGGACAUUAACACGGUGAGAAGUGGAAACUGGGGCUGCAGCGACCAUGGAGGUCUGUGCCACUUCGAGGAAACUUACUCUGCUCUCCUUCACCUUCCUGCUGGGGCUCUCAGGCAUUUGGGCCCAAAUCCAGAUGCCCCAAACCAGUAUGGAUGUGAUCAAGGGUAAGAUGGUGGAGCUGAGAGCCUCCUACAACACAGAUGCAAGCAGUGACCUGAGGCAGAACACUAUCAUCUGGAACUUUGUCACUGAAAGCACCCAACUGAUUGUCUCCUACACCAAAGACUCCAUGAGCGUGGGCAGCUCCCAGUUUAAGGGUCGCGUUGGUUUCGUCAGCAGCAUGCCCUCACGUGACGUGUCGCUGUACAUCAACAACACCCAGGAGUCUGACUCGGGGCGCUACCUCUGUCAGAUCAUCAUUCCUGGAAAUCCUGGCUUCACUGCUGAGCUCAGUCUGGACGUGAAGGUCCCUCCCGCUGUUCCCAAGUGCUCUCUAUCAGGGAAGCCAGUCCUGAAGGGAAAUGUGACUCUGAGCUGCACAUCCAGCACUGGGAAGCCCAUUCCUUCGUACAAGUGGAGGAAAGAGAGCCCCAUUUCGGAGGUCUUCUUCUCACCCAUGCUCAAUGAGAAGACAGGCACUCUGAAGCUGAGCAACCUGAGCAGUAACAUGUCGGGGAAGUACGUGUGCACAGCCAGUAACUCAGCCGGCUCAGAGACCUGCAUUAUCAACCUGGACAUCGUCACCUCCACUAAUGUGGGGAUGAUUGUUGGCGCCACGGUGGGCUCAUUGGUCGGUGUCGGCUUCCUCCUCUUAAUCUGUGUUGUGUACGUGCUGAAGAGGCGGAGAGACAAUGAGGACGACUUGGCCAAUGAAAUCAAGGAGGACGCUCAGGCUCCCAAACGAGUGUCCUGGGCUAAGAGCGGCAUGGGUUCAGAUAUCAUCUCCAAGAACGGCACCCUGUCCUCCAUAGCCUCCAGCCCACACCACAAAGAGUCAUCACACCACCACAACAACCACCACCACCUGCAGCAGUACCCUCAGCGCCCCCCAUCGGACACAGCAUCCAUCAUCACCGCCACGGGCAGCACGGCCGGCUACCGACCGUCACGCCAUCACGGCGCCUCCACCCCCACCCACUACAGCUACAACAACAACACCACCCUGCCCCGCGGACAGCCCGUCUCCUCUGAGGCCAGCACCAAUGGGAGCUCCCUACCCAGACCAGAGCGCUACACUCAGCUGCCCCAGGCCCAGGUCCUGCCGCAGACCUACAGUCAGCAACAGCUGCAGCACCAGGCUGCUCCCUCCCCGCCACCGCUGCCCACCUCCACAGUCACAGCGUCCAACAUCACCCGCAUGGGAGGGGUGCCCAUUAUGGUGCCCGCACAGAACCAGGCCGGCUCUCUGGUCUAACACCUGCCAGUGCUGCUGACAAAAGCAGUGGAAUUAAAGGAAACUCUUUAAUUUCUAUUUAGCAAAGAGUAGAAGAAAAUGUCAACUUCAUGUAGUCGAACCAAGAAGCUUCAUGGCAAGACUGUCAGAAAGACUGUUUACUUGCUUUAAGUAUGCUUACUGUAUGUCUUUUAUAUUCUGUAUGCACUGUAUACAUUACAAACUAUGUAUAGAUAUGAUUUUCAUACAUUUGUCCAGUAUCCUCUUUUCUACUUAAUCAAUUUUUCUUUUCAAAAUUUUGCUUUUAAAUGCCAUAUUAUAUAUAUUUUUUAAUUCUGUCAUACUAAUUCUACAAAGUGGAAAUUAAUUGAUCAUUUCAUGUGUAUGCACAUCUCACAGAUGAAACUACAGAUGAAGAAGGUUAUGCAGGUCGGCUGUACUUCAUAUAUCGUCUUUACCUAAAACUCUCCAAGGGAGGAAUUACUAAGACCACAACAGGUUAAAGCACUGCUUUAUAUCUGUACUGUUCAGAGGAGGGAAUGCCACUUAAAGGGAAGUUAGUGAGGACAGGGUGUAAUAUACAGUAUUAAGUUCCAUAAAUGAGUAUAUUGCUGCAGCAGACUUAUGAACAGAGAGAUAAGACAACAUUAUGCACAUGAUAAAUUAUCCUAAUCCUUUUUUGUGUGUGUGGCUGUCAGUGGUUCAGCUUAUAAAAUGCUCUUAGACUCCAUUCUUUAAACACAGAUUAGCAAAAGCUUCUUAUAAUAUUGAGCACUAUUCAGAACUGUAGGUUGAUGACUUUGCAAAUACACGAGUCCACUCUUGAGUUGUAAUAAUUUAAAGUUGCCUACAGCACUGAAAUUGUAAAUACGAUAUUUAUUUUCUGUUAGACGUGUGACAUACAUAAGCAUUUUGUUUGCUAUAGCCUGAAUUGCACAUACAGUGCAGGUAAUACUGUACGUUUGCUUGCAACACGAAAUUACGCUUUUAAAAAUUUUACUUUUGGGGAUUUUUUUUGCAAACUUCCAAAUGUUUGCUUAAAAUUCGCUUGACAUUUUAUGGAAGCAUGUCUAACGACGCCAAGCUAAAGCAACGCGGACCAAAGACAAUGACACCUGGCUGCAACAUGCUACCAGCUAAAAUGGAAUGCCCUGAACUGGCGCAUGAUCAAAAACUGGCAUGUUGACAACUUUGCUCACACAGCCAAAUGUUAAGCGAGUGCAACGACACGAUAACCUAGCAAGCCUUAUUUACUUAAUAAUUCAAUUUUCAGCAGCAACAGAAAGUCCAGCUCAGCAUCUGUCUGCAGUUCUUUUGUGUCCUUUUCGACCUCAUCCCCUCUGUCAUUAUGUCCAUAGUGGCUGCAAGGCCCAGUUCUGAGAACUACCUUCUCCAGGCAGUUUAGACACUCCCCGGCAGUGCUCUUAUCAGAGUAAGCUAGCAGAACUAACUUGUAGUUACAGUAAGCAGCAGUUUCAUUUUACUUUCAGAAAUGUAAUCCAGUUUCUGAAAACAUUUUCUUUCUCUGGCAAAAGCAUUUUUUAGACAAAAAUGAUUUCCUAUCUGAUUAACAUCGCCAAGAACUGGUAACGGGAAGCAGGCGUGACUUUCUCUCAAACAUUCAUAUCCAGGUGUUUUUGAUAAUUUUGAACAACCUACAGUUGUUAUACCAAAGAGAGUGUUAACACCAGAGUGUUAUACCAAAUACAUUUUGUCCUGAUACCGGUGAUGUAGAUAAGCUGUGGCUCUUGGCUCAAAAGCUACUUUCACUGAACAAAAAAAAUACUUCAGUAUAUAUUUAGAAAAUAUUAAAACAGUAUCCCGUGUCACACUCAAUAAGAACAGCUGUAGCUCCUGAUACAUACAGUAGAUGACAUAGAGGCUCUCUAAAAGACUGCUCCACUCAGUCAUUGAGAUUUUGACCUUGUUACGGAUGCUAGUUUAGCUUUUACAUUCAAAACAUCUUCAUUGCAGAAUCAGAAUUUAAAUGGCUUCACACUUAAGGGUCUUACCACACACAUACACUGAAUGGUUGAAAAAAAACUGACAUGUUCCUAAGCAGUGAAAUCCAAGAAUGAUAUUUAACUGUGGCCACUGUCAGUUCACACAGAUGCUGAUUUAAAUAUCAUUUGAUUUGGAAUAGAAAAUAAAUACAUACAUAGUUAUCACACUACCUAUUCUGCUGUAUUGUCGUUACACUGGAGCAAAUGUUUUGUUUUUUUUUGCUUUUUGUGUUCGUUUGUUUUUCUGCCUUUUUUGUGUUUUGCGGGCAGGGUGUCAGUGUAGCUAUUCUGAAGUGAAUCAUUUGAUCAUUUGUAACUUGAUGAUGUUGAAGGAAAACAGAAGAGCAUCCAUUAGCGAAUAUUUCUGAUCAUUGCCAUCGUGUUAAGACAAGUUUGAUAGAACGGUGACAGCAAAACAUAAAAAGCAAGCGGUAGCUGCAUCUUGAAACUUUGGUAGCUCUGUUUAGAUUUGUAUUGUUUUUAAUACAUUAGGGUAAAAUGGAAAGGCUUCCUAUGGGAAGUCGACAAUCUGUAGGAAAUCAUUUUGAUGGGUAGAACUUAGACAGUCUUUACAGCUACAGUCCACAGGCUCACUGGGCUAACCACCAAGUGGGUCAUUUCAAAUGUGUACAUUAAAAUGUAUUCAAGACAAGCCUUUAUUUUUUAUACAGUAUAUGUGUGUGUAUAAGAGCACAGGAGCAGAGUUUAUAAAUAGUCAGUGUUUCCUGAACUAAAGAAGUGCUCGCUGUCAGUCAGUUAGAAACCAUGAAGGAUUGUAUAACUACUGUGGCCAAACUUGUGCUUAAGUAUACAGUAGGGAUAUACUGUGGACAUUGAUGUGCAGUGUGCACUUGUAUUCUCCAUAUUUAUGGUCAUGGAAAUUGAUUUGUAUCAUAUUUUCAAUUAAAAGAGAAAUGAUCA